GGGGCCUUGGGGAUGGGAGGAGCUGUAGGGGCUUUGGGCCUGUUCGGCCCCGGCGCCUGGGCCUGCAGAGGACUUUCCCCGGCGGCCGCCCCGGGCUCCGUGGGCCGCUUCUUGGUCCCUUCCGUUUCCUUUGGGACCCCUCCGUGUCCGGGACGGGCGGAUGCCACGAGUCCAGAGGCCUCUACCCCUUUUCAGGUGGAUCCCCGCAUGUAGCCCUGAGCCCACUGAAACGCACGUUCCCGGAAGGGGGGGGUUGGGGGAUGGGAGCGCCUCCAGUAUCCUCUGCCCAUCCCCCUCCCCCCAAUACCCGUGGGGUGACGGCACCGGCUCUGCUGCCAGCCGCUGCUGGGGGUGGUGCCAGGCGCUGGGGCUGUGCCAGGCCACCUCACCGUUCCCUUUGUUAUUUUUAUCUCCUCUGAUGGAAUUCACUGCCUGGCACCCGCUGUGGGGCUGUGCCGCCGCGAUGUUCCUCCGUGUCCUGGAGGGGGGCCAGGCAGAGCCGGGGGGCCCUCGCGCUGAGCACACACUGCAGUUUGAGACUUGCUCUGGGAUCCCUCUCACUGUUGCUUCUCACUACUGGAGCUGACUCUUCUGCAGUGGGGGGCAGCCCCUGGACUGACUGUGGGAGUGUGCAGCCCUCGGUGCUGAAUGGGAUUCGGUGGCCAAGGAGGGGCUCAGUCCUUGUGUCUGGGCACACCUGAAGGACUGCAGCCCUCCACGUUCCAGCCCAGAGCUCCGGUCCUGCUGUGCAGCUGAGAUGUUCCCCCAGCACAGAUCUGCAGCCGGGGCCAGGCUGGGGACAUUUCCUGGCAGCUGCUUGCACUGGGGGCAGCCAGCAGUGGUGAGAACUGCGGGGCAGCACUUUACCUCCUGCAGCCUGGGAUGGGGUCCAGCAUGCCAGCAGAGCCUGAGUCCGGCGGCAGCAGCAGCACGUGCCCGCAAUGGUGACCUGGUGACCUCUGCCUGGAGUGAGCAGCCCUGCAGCCAGCGAGGCCCACAGGGGCUGCCUACAUUGUGCCCUACUUAGGCUUGAGUGCGCUCCAGGGCCCUUGGCUGCAGCGCUCAGGAGCAGUAGACUAAACAAGCAGGGCCUGGGGGGACUGGGGGGGACACAGCAGUGAGCUCAUCCUUGGUUAUGGGUUAGGGUUGGGUCACUGUCACCAAACCCUCCUGGGCCACCUCAGCUGUACAGUCUGGCCCUUGCCUGUCAGGGUGGGUCAUGCUGGGGGUUGCAUCCCCCUGUGGAUGCAUUCAGGCUGGGGAUGCUGGGUGCACAGUGCUGUGGCUUUGACCUUAGGCUGGAGUCUGCUCUGCGAGGGGCUGAUAUGGGGGGUGCUCCAAGUUCUCAAGAAGGGAGCAGAAGCAUGAGGGCUGGAGCACUGCCUGGGAACCAGAGUGCUGGGAGUGAGCGUGGAACCCACAAGGGCUGGGGCACAGAGUGCCGAGCCAAGGGAGUUGCGUCGAAGAGGUCGGGAGGGCAGAACGAGGAGGGGGCUGCCAAAGACCUGCUGAGCUGCACCCCACCGAGGGCGUGGGCACGCAGCUAAAUCCUGCACACUGAUAUGGAAACACUGCUCCGAGCUGUGCCAGAGGCCAGGAGGAACCAGGAGCGGUCCUGGCACCGAGCGAGGAACGGCACAACUGGGGAUCAGCUACUCGUGAGGCUGGGGGCUGUGCUUGGGCAGAACCCACACCCCAUGCCCGCUGCCCUCCUGAGCUCCAGGCCGGUUUCAGGGGCACUGAUGGGAGCCGGCGAUGUGAUCGCACAGCAGCUGGUGGAGCAGCGCGGGCUGCACGGGCACCACAGCCAACGCACCCUGAAAAUGACAGCCAUCGGCUUCUGCUUCGUGGGCCCCGUUGUGGGCGGGUGGUACAGGAUCCUGGACCGGCUCGUCCCAGGGGCCACGAAAGCUGUGGCUGUAAAGAAGAUGAUGCUGGACCAGGGUGCCUUUGCACCGUGUUUCCUCGGCUGCUUCCUCGCCAUCACCGGGGUGGUGAACGGGCUGUCGGUGGAGCAGAACUGGGCCAAGAUCCAGCAGGACUACGUAGAUGCGCUGCUCACCAACUACUGUAUUUGGCCGCCGGUGCAGAUUGCCAACUUCUACUUCGUCCCUCUGGUCCACAGGUUGGCUGUUGUGCAGUGUGUUGCCAUUGUCUGGAACUGCUACCUGUCCUGGAAAGCAAACCGGCUUUGAGAGGGGGGAGCCGUGCUCCAGGUGCCCCCAGCCACCACCUCUGGGGGCUCGGCCAGGGAGUGUGUGGGGCUGGAGCACCGCAGGGAUGCUAUGGCAGCAGUGACCCUGUGGGGCUGUGAGAUUGCUCUGUCCGCGUUCCGUGUCCUGCCUAGCACGUGGGGUGCUCCGUCCUUCCCCAGCCUUGCUGCUGGUUCACACCCCACGUGCGACAGUGCACUACAGUACCUCCACCCAGACUCGUGUCGGGUCCUUCAGGACCACCCAAUAAAUGCAGAGCUCUGCUGCUCCUGGCAACGCGUGAA